AUGUCUUCACCACGACCCUCCUCACCCGUGAACAACCCAACCACCGGCACAACGACCGCACGACCCGCAUCGCCGAAAGCACCAGGAGGCCCAGCGACCGCGAUCAGGAGAAAGGCAGCUGCAGACAGGGCAGACAGAGUCGCAAAUGCACGCCCAGCAUCGACACGCGCCGCCGGCGCUGGAGGAAGCAGCAGCACAAUGUUGAGAUUGUACACCGAUGAGUCUCCAGGUCUCAAGGUUGACCCAUUUGUGGUUAUGGUGCUUUCGAUCGGCUUCAUCAUAUCAGUGGUAGCACUGCACAUAAUUGCGAAAUUCACCAAGCGAUUCUCUUCGUAA